GUGGUGGUGGUGGUGAUGCAACGAAAAAAACACAAACGAACUCUCUUCCAUCAAAAGCAAAUCGUGCCCUUCAGUCGCAACUAACGAGCGUGCUUGAACGCGUGCUCAAAAUCCUUCCAAUUUAAGGGUUGGAAGAGCGAACAUUGGUUUCUGCCCCGCACAUUCCUUGUUGCCGCCAGUUCCAGGUUCGAACGGUUUGCCAAAAUCGAUGCCCGCACGAAGACGGUUUAGAGUCGAAAGUCGGCGGGCUGUCGGUCGACCAUUAGGUGCUGUGACGUUCGACUCGUUGGCUGACUGUGGCUGGGGAUCAACGGAGAAAAUCUUUCGGGCGGGUCCCCGCACACGAUUUGAUAAUGGAGCAGCAGCAGACAACGGCAUCACAGCAGCAACAGUCAGCGCAAAUGGCUUCCACCAGCCCGCAGUCGGGUGGAAGUCCCGGUGGAGCGGGGGGGUCGACCACCGCGCCACCCCCCACCGUGCCAGCGGUAGCACCACCGUCGACGCGGAAGAAAACGGGCAAGUUUCUUGGCUCGGCACUGAACAUCACCAAUCGGUACCGGGCAAACAGCAGCAGCCUGAGCAAGGUGAGCCUUGCCAUUACGAAUCUAAAGGUGAUCCAGAACGUACCGCUGCCGCCACCGAUCAGUGCGAUGAUUGCGUCGGACAUACCGCCGGUCUGCAAGUAUCUGCCGUCCUAUCGGCUCACCUCUCGGAAUCCGUUCAAUCGCGAGGCGUGCGAGGCGAUACUGCGGGAAUCGAUGGACAAAUCGCUGCAGGGUGUAGAGUACAGUUCGUACUUUGCGCCCUCGCUCUGUCAGCAGAUCUGCGAGGACAUCAAGACGCGCGUCAAGGAGCUCAAGUUUGACAGGUAUAAAAUCAUCGUCACGGUUACCAUCGGUGAACGGUACAUGCAAGGCCUGAAGGCAAUUACCCAGUUCCUGUGGGACCCGGAGAAGGAUAGCUACGCCACGUGCAUCUACGACGCGUCACCGAGUCUGGUAGCUGUCGGGACGAUUUACGCCAUCUAUUUCGAUUAGGUUGCUCUCCCGGACGCUUUGCAACGCAGCGUGUGGAACGUCAGCAGCAGCAACAGCAACCGUACGAUGGUAUAAUUUCUACGAAUAUAAUUUCUGCGAAUGCCUGCAGACAUUCCAGACAGCUUGGCAGCGAUGCGGCAUCAGCCAUCGGGCGUUCAUCUAUUACUUCACCUAAUGGGCGCGUGUGCAUCGUCCUGAAUUAACCGAAGCAAUAUGAUCCAAAAUGCUCCGACAUCAGGGGCUCGAAGGAUUUAUCAUCCAUACUCUGCUAACUUGUGCAAUCGUUCCCCGAAGCAGUGAGGAGAAAUAUAACUAUUUUUGCUAUUGUUGUUGUUAUUUUCCUUCGUGCAACUUCGCUUGGAAAUGCUUUGAAUGGAUGCAGUACAGUUCGUCAUCUUUCAUUGUAACAUCCGUAUAUGCUACUCAGGCAUGAGCUGGUUUAUUGAUUUGUUUCUCUAUUUGUGUGUGCCACUUUACUGCAUCAUUGCUGUAAGAUUCACAUAUGAAGUGGAAAUAAAGGUGCAACUAAGAGAGUCUAGGAACAUUAUACAUGGUUUAAAUCAUAUUUAAAUUAAGAACAGGUCAAGAAUUAAUGCCGUAUGCGUUGAAAUGUUUGUAUGGAAUCGUUAUUGCAUCGAACUCAUCAAGUGGUUGGAUGCGUCCGGGAUGUUUCCAGUGUUAUCAUGCCACACAAUAGCUGAACAGUCUGAAGUGCAAAAGUGACGCAAUUGAUAACUAAUAUCAACCUGCCUAGGCGGAACCAGCUCAUCGAGCGGUAGUUGUUAGCACGCGAGAAGAGAGCGUCGUUGUCUGGCGCUAAAUAGGGGGCUUACGAGCAUGAAUUGAGGAUUAACUUCCGAGCUAUCGAUAGUAUGUAAUGCAAAAACGAAGAGUGAACGUGAAGAAAGUUAAUAGAAAAAAGUCAUGUUAAUAAAAUUUGUUGUUUGUAUUAUUACAGAAACUAAAAACUGCAGUCGCUAAUAAAAUUAAAGUUAUAAAACAUAAGUGUUAAGUUAGGUGUUAAGUGUUAAAAUAUGUAUGAUACUAUAGUGAAAUUUGAUUUAAACAAUAAAACUUAAUUAAACCUGCAUUGCAAAAGGAA